CAGGGGGGGGUGGGGUAUGUCGCACAGGCUGCUGGCGGCGGCGGCGGGGAGCCGAGCGGUGGUUCUGCCGCUGGCCGCGCUGUGGAGAUCUGGCUGGGGCGCCGGGAACCAUAGCACGGCUAGAGUGGGCCUGAGGGCUCUGGGCACUACCCGACAGUGUCUCCAGGGAAUCCAUGUUCAGCAGCUGGUUCUGCGGGGAAGACUGACAUCAUUUUCCCAGUGGCUGUAUUCGAAACCUCCCAAAGGCUUUGAGAAGUAUUUUAAGAGGAUUGGAAGAAGCACGGGCACAGAAGAAUCAACACCUCCAAAGAAAGAUACUGGUGAAUCAAAGGACCAUGGACCAGGAGGAAAUGGUGGUAAGAGAGGAGGGAAGAAGGAUGACUUUGCAUGGUGGAAACGGCUGCAGAAGGGAGAGUUCCCUUGGGACAACAAGGAUUUCCGCAAUCUGGCUGUCAUGGGAGCGGGCUUCACCAUGGGAUUUUUCUACUUCUAUUUCCGAGAUUCUGGAAAAGAAAUCACUUGGAAACAUUUUGUACAAUAUUAUUUGGCCAGAGGACUGGUGGACCGACUUGAAGUUGUGAACAAACAAUUUGUGCGUGUGAUUCCUACACCUGGAUCAACUUCUGAGAAAUCUGUGUGGUUUAACAUUGGCAGUGUUGACACAUUUGAAAGAAAUUUGGAAUCUGCCCAUUGGGAAUUGGGAAUUGAAGCUGCUAAUCAGGCCGCAGUGAUUUAUACAACAGAAAGUGAUGGUUCUUUUUUUAAAAGCCUGAUUCCCACUCUGCUUCUGAUUGGGAUUUUCCUCUAUGCUCUGAGACGAGGCCCAAUGGGAGCAGGACGGGGAGGACGAGGAGGGGGCCUCUUCAGUGUUGGGGAAACAACUGCCAAAAUCCUGAAGAACAACAUUGAUGUGCGUUUUGCUGAUGUGGCAGGCUGUGAAGAAGCCAAACUAGAAAUCAUGGAGUUUGUGAACUUUCUUAAGAACCCCAAACAGUACCAGGAUCUUGGAGCCAAAAUCCCAAAGGGGGCUAUGCUCACUGGUCCUCCUGGUACUGGGAAAACCCUCCUGGCCAAAGCGACUGCAGGGGAGGCCAAUGUUCCAUUUAUCACUGUGAAUGGCUCUGAGUUCCUAGAGAUGUUCGUGGGCGUUGGGCCUGCAAGGGUUAGAGAUAUGUUUGCAAUGGCUCGGAAAAAUGCUCCCUGUAUCUUAUUCAUUGAUGAGAUUGAUGCAAUUGGAAGAAAACGAGGUCGAAACAAUUUUGGAGGUCAAAGUGAACAGGAAAACACCUUGAAUCAGAUGCUCGUCGAGAUGGAUGGAUUUAACUCCAGCACCAAUGUUGUAGUACUUGCAGGGACCAACCGCCCAGACAUCCUUGAUCCAGCACUCAUGAGACCAGGGCGCUUUGACCGUCAGAUUUAUAUUGGGCCUCCUGAUAUAAAAGGCAGAUCCUCUAUCUUUAAAGUUCAUCUUCGUCCACUGAAAUUGGAUGAAAAUAUUGGCAAAGAUUCUCUGGCUAGGAAGUUAGCAGCUUUGACUCCAGGAUUUACUGGUGCUGAUAUUUCUAAUGUCUGUAAUGAAGCUGCCCUGAUUGCUGCUCGUCAUCUGAAUUCUUUUGUUCAAGAAAAGCACUUUGAGCAGGCCAUUGAGAGAGUCAUCGGAGGCCUCGAGAAGAAGACUCAGGUUCUCCAGCCCAGUGAGAAAACCACAGUAGCUUAUCAUGAAGCUGGCCAUGCUGUUGUGGGUUGGUUCUUGGAGCAUGCUGAUCCCUUACUGAAGGUGUCCAUAAUCCCCCGAGGAAAGGGGCUUGGGUAUGCACAGUACCUGCCCAAGGAGCAGUACCUCUACACCCGAGAACAGCUUUUUGAUCGCAUGUGCAUGAUGUUAGGGGGGCGAGUGGCUGAGCAGUUGUUCUUUGGUCGCAUCACAACUGGGGCUCAGGAUGACCUGAGGAAAGUGACGCAGAGUGCCUAUGCCCAGAUCGUCCAGUUUGGGAUGAGUGAAAAACUAGGCCAAGUGUCCUUUGAUUUACCUCGGCAAGGGGAAGUGUUGGUGGAGAAGCCUUACAGUGAAGCGACAGCCCAGCUCAUCGAUGAGGAAGUUCGUCAGCUGAUCAGCUCUGCCUAUUCUAGAACUCUGGAAUUGCUGACCCAGUGUCGGGACCAGGUGGAAAAGGUGGGAAAACGUCUCCUGGAGAAGGAAGUCCUUGAGAAAGCAGAUAUGAUUGAACUGCUGGGCCCUCGGCCUUUUGCAGAAAAAUCUACUUAUGAAGAGUUUGUGGAGGGCACAGGGAGCUUAGAGGAGGACACUUCUCUUCCGGAAGGUCUGAAGGACUGGAACCGAGAACGAGACAAAGACCAAGACCAGAAAGAAGAAAGCAUCGAAAAACUCCAAGAAAGUACUGUGUAAGCCAACUGAGGCCUACGAGUAUUGUCUCUUGUGCCUUGGGAGAUGUCCUCACUCUCCUCACUAUACCUCUCUAUACCUCUGGGGCUGUGGGCUCCAGCACCUCUACCUAUCAUCAACAGAAAAGUCUUGGAAAGCAACUGCCAGAAUCACUGGAAGGCAAA